UAGUAAAAAAAUCAAGAAUGUCACUCUCUUUGUACCAAAUAAUUAUUCAUUGUUUAGUUAAUCCUCAUCUUUAAAAUAAUGCUUUCUUUUUUUUAACCGUUUAAUAUCAAUAACUCGAGUUGUUUAAAAAAGUUCAACGACGAAUUUUACAUACCCCGGUGGUGUAUGAGUUGAAAAGAAAGAAGAGAGACGGGGGAGGCGCGGUGGUGUUGGAAUUGAUGUUGGUGGCGAUAGUUGAGGGCGGAGGAGUCUUCUUCUUCUAAUAAUCGUAAUUUUUUUUUUAUUAUAAUCACUUCUAAUCGUAAUUAGAGUUCUACCUUAAUUAGAAAAUUAAGCUUUUCCUCUAAUUCACUCUUUAUUCUACUUCUCUGCCUCUAUAUAUUAAACCGCGACAGUUUAACUCCAGAGAGAGAGAAACAUAGCGACCCGACCCAAUGUACCGGGGAAUCCAGCGGGCGCAGGGGAAGCGAGUGGUGGACCACGGCAGGGAAUUCACGCUCCUGGUCGAGGUCAGCUCGGCGGCGGAGAUUGACGGGUUCGCCGACCACAGCGACGUCGGCGCCGAACAGCGGUGGUACCGGCUCAACAUAUGGGUCGACCCGGCGUCCCGGUUCUCGACCAGUACGGUCUGGACCUGGACUGGCCCGACGUGGAAGCAGAGCUGUAAGAUCCCCGUGGAGAUCGGGUCGUCGUAUUACGACGGGACGCUGAGCGUGGAGGUGGAGCGGGUUGGCCGGCCAGAUUGCGGUCGGGUCGGCCCGACCCGGGAACGUCGCACGGUCGCGCCAUCGUCGGGAGGGCGAAGGUGGGGCUGCCGAAGUUGGGGGAGGAGAAGGGAGGGAGGUUUGGGCUCGUGAGGGCCGGCGGCGGGGAGUGUAAGGCGGAAGGGUUUGUGUUCUUGAACAUGAAGUUGGUUUUUUUUUUUUUUUUUUUUUUUGAUGAAUAAACAUGAAGUUGGUUAAGAGGCAGAAAAUGAGUUUUGAUGAUUGAUUUAUUAAUUAGAAAGGAAAAAAAGGAUAAUUAGGGUUUGGAUUAACUCUCGGAUAUGUAGAUAUGGUUGAUUUUUUAGUGGUGUUAGGAAUUCGGGCCGAUGCGUGUCUUGUUAUUUUUGUCGGUGAAUCAAGAUCGAAUAUUUUCGAUCGUUGUUACGUUGAAAUGAUGAUACAUUUUAAUGUUUCGAGCUUGAUCGUGUGUUUGCGUGUUAACUUUGGAUGGGAAUUGAGAUGACAAUUGUGUUGCCCCGUAUGUUUGUCUGAUGCAAUGGCUGGUCUCCUGGCAUGAGAGUGUUGAUGCUGUAUUGUAUACUUUGAUAUGAGUUGUGAGAUAGAUCUUUCUAAGUACAUUGUUUUGUUGUGUAAUGCAAUAUUGGUCUCUGGAGUCACUUUAUGAAGUCUGGUUUGUUUGGUAUGAACUGAAAUGAACUCAAAUUGGUGGUUGUUUGGCCUAAGAAUUUACUGAUAUUGCUUGGCCUUUUAUUGAAUGAAGUUCUUGAAUUGGU